GGGGAAGCCGGGGAAGGACUGGCUUGCUGUGCCUGUCUAUGGCUAUGUUCCUGUCAGAGGCAGGCGCCAGGUCGCGGACGUGCGAAGCCAGCGCCGAAGAACGCAGGAAGUGGGCGGAAGUAUUUAAAGCAUGUGAUGAAGAUAACAAAGGCUACCUAAGCCGAGAGGACUUUAAGGUUGCGAUUGUAAUGCUGUUUGGGUACAAACCCUCCAAGAUAGAAGCGGAUUCUGUGAUGAUGUCAGUAAACCCCACCAGUUCUGGUGUAUCACUUGAGGGCUUCUUAAACAUCGUAAAGAGAAAGAAGGAGGCACAGCUCUAUCGGAAUGAGAUAAGGCACAUCUUCACAGCUUUCGACGUGCACUAUCAUGGAUUUUUAACUCUGGAAGACUUCCAAAGAGCAUUUAGUCGAGUGGCUCCCAAGCUACCAGCAAGGACGGUGCUGGAGGUGUUCAGGGAAACAGAUCAAAACUCAGAUGGUCACGUCAGCUUCCGGGACUUUGAAUACGCCAUGAACUGUGGACAGGCAAAAUGAAGCCGGACGCUUGUGAACUACUUUUGGCGACUCUGGGCAGAUGAAUGACUUGUAAUCUAGCUGAAGGUCACACAGACCUCACUCUAGGAGGAGGCUAUGUGUACUUGUGAGUAAACUCUUAGAGCUCUUGGAUGCUGAUACUGGACCUAGAGGUGGGAAUUUCCCUCCAUUUCACUAACCACCCUGAGUCUGGCUGCUGCUGCUA